CAUCUUGCCCAGCUCAGCUUGCUGUAACCGGCUGGGAGUCCGUCGCCGAGAUGACACCCUCCCAAAACCUCGGCAGUCGACAUGGCAAGAAAAUAUAGCAACAGUUUUCUAAAGAAAGAUGAAGUUCUUCCAAUUCUUUUGGAAUAAGACUCAUCACGAGAUGUGAUCCCAUAUCCACAAUGUGUGAAGAGAUUUAAGAACGUUUGAGUUCGGAAAAAAAUUGAUUCCAGUGGAAUCUUUCAUAUAUCUCUAUAUAUAUAAUUAUAUUUUCUUUUUGUGUUAAGUCUUAUUCUCGUCCCAUUAACCUUUAACCAUGCCAGUUCAAGCACCACAAUGGACAGAGUUCUUGCUGUGCCCAAUCUGCACACAAACAUUUGAGGAGACUGUCCGUAGGCCGAUCAGCUUGGGCUGUGGACACACUGUCUGCAAGAUGUGCCUGAACAAGCUGCACCGAAAGGCCUGUCCCUUUGACCAGACAGUUAUCAGCACAGACAUUGAGCAGCUACCUGUGAACACAGCGCUGUUACAGCUGGUGGGAGGCCAGAUUCCAAAGGCUCAGCCAGUUGCCUUGAUUACCAGUCCAGAAGACUCACAGAAUUAUGAGGUGGCCAGGCAGUGUGUAGAGGAACUGGCCCUUUAUCUCAAACCCCUCAGUAACAGCCGAGGUGUGGGUCUGAGCAGUACAGCCCAAAGCAUUCUGAGUCGACCCAUGCAGAGGAAAUUGGUAACUCUAGUCCACUGCCAGCUGGUGGAGGAAGAGGGCCGCGUCAGAGCCAUGAGAGCUGCCCGCUCCCUGGGUGAACGAACUGUCACUGAACUCAUCUUGCAGCACCAGAAUCCACAGCAACUCUCUUCCAACCUUUGGGCAGCUGUUCGUGCUCGGGGAUGUCAGUUCUUAGGUCCAGCAAUGCAAGAGGAAGCUCUUAAGUUGGUCCUCCUUGCUUUAGAAGACGGUUCUGCUUUGUCCAGGAAAGUGUUGGUUCUGUUUGUGGUCCAGAGGCUGGAGCCUCGCUUCCCUCAGGCCUCUAAAACUAGCAUAGGCCACGUGGUACAGCUCCUUUACAGGGCUUCCUGCUUUAAGGUCACCAAACGUGAUGAAGAUUCAUCUUUGAUGCAGCUGAAAGAAGAGUUUCGUACUUACGAGGCUCUAAGACGUGAGCACGACUCUCAGAUCGUACAGAUUGCCAUGGAAGGUGGAUUACGCAUAGCACCUGACCAGUGGUCUUCUCUGUUAUAUGGAGAUCAAUCUCACAAGUCUCACAUGCAGUCUAUAAUAGAUAAGCUGCAGACCCCAGCAUCUUUUGCCCAAAGUGUCCAGGAGUUGACAAUUGCACUGCAGAGGACCGGAGACCCAGCCAACCUGAACAGGCUGCGGCCCCACUUGGAACUGCUGGCAAACAUCGACCCCAGCCCGGAUGCUCCUCCUCCUACGUGGGAGCAGCUAGAGAAAGGGCUUGUAGCAGUGAAAACAGUGGUACACGGGCUAGUUGACUUUAUCCAGAACCACAGCAAGAAGGGAGCUGACCCUCAACAGCCUCCUCAGCAUAGCAAAUACAAGACAUACAUGUGUCGUGACAUGAAGCAGAAGGGAGGCUGUCCUCGUGGAGCCAGCUGUACCUUUGCUCAUUCUCAGGAAGAACUGGAGAAGUAUCGUAAAAUGAAUAAGCGUCUGGCAGCCCGGUCAGGUGGGCUUAUGUCAGACGAGGGGAUUCCUCUCGAAGCAGGAGUGACUCGGAAGCCCUCCCCCCUCACCAAUGGCACUGGGACACCAAAUCUACCCCAACUUAUUCCUCGUGGCACCGACAAUGUCCCAUAUAAGACUCUGUCUGAUCCCCUCAAGAUGGAUGGAAGAAGUUCAAAUGCCCCUGGAUCACCACCAGAUGCCCUGGGCCAUGGACCGAAAAGUCACAUGCCGAUCCCACCUCACGCAAUGGGCCACCCACGGAUGCCUGCAGAUCACCUCCCAACGGUAAAGCAUAUGCCUGUGGUAGCCAGAGGUUCGCCGGUGUAUCCUCAGCGACAUCCUGACAUGUGCUAUGACACUCGUCCACCACCUGCCUCUCAGUAUGAGCCCCCUCAUUACCCCCCAAGUUACCCAUACCAACCUUCACCACAGUAUGUUCAUGGGGAGUUCAUGCGUAACCCGCCUCCCCCGAAUGAGUCAGGACUGCCUUACCAAGACCCUUAUGCUAACUACAACCACCAAGAGCAUAACUAUCAGCCCCCUCACUCCAGCCAGCAUUUCCCAUAUCCCCACCCUCACUAUGACAGAAAUCACCCCGGUUCCUACAGCCGCCCACCACAGCCCCCACAGCCUUAUCCGUCUCAGAGGGAUGACCAUGUCCGAAUCCAGAGUCCAGCACCUCUAGACGUCGCCCCACCCACAGGAGGACAGUCCGGCUCCGUCUACCACCAAGAGACAAAUGCCCGCGAUCGCUACCCACCAGAUGGCUACUAUGCACCAGGAGCCCAGCCUCCCCCAAUGAGGCCUUUUGUCAAGCCGUCACAGCCCAGCCUUGACUACCUGCAUCAACGUCGGCGGGAGCUGAUAUCACAGCUUGAGGAAAGGAAAGUCAUCUCCCCACCGCCAUUCGCCCCCUCGCCCACUCUUUCCCACACCUUUCCCAGUGAUUACCCCACAGAGCGUUUGCAUGAUGAUGGCUCCAAACCGAUGAUGAAAUUCAGAGAGCCUGACUAUGCGGGCCAGUACUCCCCUUGGUCUUGUGAGACUAUAGGCUCAUAUAUUGGUACAAAGGAUGCCAAACCCAAAGAUGUUAUGGUUACUGUUGCCAUGGACAUGAUGAAUGUGGACGCAAAAGGUUCUAGAGAUCUAACAUUGGACGUUCCACGGAGGGGCACAGAAGUAAAGGAUGACGACCCUAUUAUCCCGUUUGGACCCCAGCCCACUGUGUCGCGCUUUGGCGCCAUCUCUCGCACUUCAAAGACAGGUUACCAGACCAAUUUCCCUGUGCAGACUAUGGCCUCCACCCCGCAGAAUCCCAGCUCUAAACACAUGGCUAUGUCAGCAGAAUAUUCAUAUGGGAGUCAUGGCACAUGGAGUGGGCCGUCAUACCCUCCUCAGCAAACCACCUCCUCUCAGGGACAUUUCAGUGACCGCCUUGCCCCUGACAGAGAACAGUUAAAGAUUGAGCUUCAGCAGGUUAACCAGCAAAUCAACCAACAGACUCAGUUGCACAAUAUGGAGGCUGCUAGUAACUCUCUACUCCUGCAGAGAGAAGCUAAUGCACAGUCCAGCCAGGGCCAGGCAGCAAUGCCCUCACAACAGCAACAGCCCAAGUGGCCAGCAGGUGGUGCUAGUGCAGCAGCCGUUUCCAGUGAGCAACUCAGCAUGGAGCUCCACCAGGUGGAGAGAGAAAUUGGCAAGAGAACCCGUGAGAUGGCUAUGCAGGAAAACCAAGUAAGCCAUGAUGUUCAACAGUACAAGAUGAAGCCUGCAGAGAAUGGACAACCAGAGCACAAGACUCAGCUGGAAGAAAUUUCCCUGGCGCUUGGCGAGGUGUCCAAUGGUUCCAGCAAUUUGCAGGAAAGUGCAAUGGGCGGGUCCAUGCUGUCACUGGCAAACAAGACUUCUGCUUUGAGCCUGUGUUCUGAUCCAGAUGCCGCUGGUUCAGAAAUGCAGAAAAAUGGUGUCCAUUCAUGCUCUUAAGAAGUACUCAUUUACACACACAUGCAGAUUUUAUGAAUACACAAAUGUUAAGUCAAUUAAAAAGCAGGACACAUACAGCCGUUCUAUUUAGAAGAUGAGCAGUAUCUGCCGUGAAGAAUUUUCUUUUUUUUUGUUCUGUGAAUGAGCUUUUUUUAAAUGACUUUCCUUGCCUGGAAACCAGAGCAUAUGACAACAUUUGUGUAUGUUACUUUUCUUUAACUGUUUUGUAUUGGAUUAGAUCAGCAAAGCUUGUGAUUGAUAUACAAGGAGAAAACAAAUGAUGGUGAUGCUGACAGUGUUAAGUAGAAAUGGCCAUUGCAUUUUUGAAACACAACAGAGGUGGCAAAGGUAUCGGACUUCACUAGCUAGGUUUGGUUUAGACGUUUUCCUGUGAGUGACCUGUUAAAUGUAGCGAUUCACAAGUUAACUAGCAUUGUCCUGUCACAUACUCAGAACUUUUCUAACCAUCACAAGGUCUACAAAGGUAUUAUAGGAACGAACCGACAUCUAUGGCUGCGUACUCGCCCCCAAAAUCGUUAGAGGUUCUCCAGACGUAGAUUUCUGAGGAGGGAAACAUCAGACUGUACCACCUACAUUCAGUUUUAUUUUUUAGGGGGUCUUAAGAGUUGGACUUGGUCAUUCCUCACGGUAAAAAAAUUUUUUGAUUCCUGCAUUUUUAUGAAAACACAAUCUGUUCUUAUUUAGGACAUUUAAUGAAAGCAUUCUGUUUUAAAGAUUGCGGCAAACAAUAAAUGCCAACCUAAUAUAUAUAUUUUUUUUGUAAAAUAAUUAUUUGGAGUAGCUGCAGCUCAGGUGGUGCACUUUGCUCAUCAGAAGGUCUGUAGUUGAAUUCUUCACCCUCGGCAGGUCAUGGGUCCUUGGGCAAUGCACUGAAUUUCUCUUGCCCUUAAUGUGCGUUUGAUGGGAGAGAACAAAAAAAGCACUGAAUUAGUAAAAAAAAAAAAAGAAGGAAAAAAAAGUGCCUCAUGCAAAAAAGCUGCUGUAUGAGUGACUACAAAGCUUUUAAAUGGUCACCAAAACUUCAAAAGCUUCAAAAACAAGUGAUCUUUCUUUUCUUUUUCCAGCUGUUUUCCUCCGUGUGUUGCAUUUAAAUGCAUAAUUUAUUGUCUGAUUUUUACAAAGUUUUUUUUUUUGUUGAGUAAAUGUGCAUUUGCAGGGUUAGAAAAAGCAGAUCUUUGCUUCAAUAGUUGAUCAUUUCCCUCCUCAGAGCUUCUAAUCUGGCCACAUGAAAAAGCCUCCCCAUUGGGAUCAUCUUGUCUUAUGUCCUCCUAACUUCUAUGAAGUUGCCUUUAUUGGUGUUGCAUUGUUUAAAACUUCUUUUUUUUUGGUCUUGUGUUUUACAUUAGUAAGAUUUUGGGCGGUGCAGAAAACCACAUUACAUCUUUUUUUAUAUUUGCAGCUGGAAAAUAAAUUAAAAAAAGAACCAGAUCUUCAAAGCUAUGUGUGCUCCGAACAGAUUUACUGCAGUGCUUUAAAUGUCCAAACCAUUUAUUUAUACGUAUUAUACAAAACCUUGCUUUUUGUGUAACGUGCUGUCACCAUCACCAUCAUUACUUACUCUUGCUCUUUCUCCAUUAAAUAUAAAUUGUUUACUGCCGAUGCUCAACAUGGAGCUCUUUGCCUUUUUGUAAACAGUUUGGAAACCUGCUAAGAGCAAAGGAGUCCUUGUGAUUAAACGGUUAGAAGAUGGACUCUAGAUGAGACAAAGUUAAACGUUGAGUCUGUCAUUUGGUCAAACAAAGGGCCCUCAGAAACUGACUCAUUUUUUUUUUUUCUAUCAACCAAUGAGUAACUUUUAAUAGACACAAAUCUUUGUGUUUGACGUGCUCAAUGGUUUUUUCACCAUCAUUAUGGCAAAUUUUUACCUUUUUGUUUUUUCAUGUUUUUUUCUUUCAUACUUCCAUCUACUCUUAAAGCCUUUGGCUGCUCUGCUACAUUUUUUAGGUACACAGCUCACUUAUACAUACAAGUAUGUAUUCAUACAUUAAUAUACUAAAGCACUAUUAACGUGCCACCUCUUACUCUACUCGCUCAGCAUUUAUAUUAAAUGAUCUCUACUUAGAAUCCUUUUUUUUUUUUUUUUUUUUUAUUUGCCGUGUGCGUGUUUGUAUUCUGUCCAGUGGUUGCCAGCACAGACUUUAUCCUUUUCAAGAUGAAGGACCUCUGUGUUUAUUGAUGGUUGUUCACUUACUUUUGUGUUCAAACAAAGUUGUUCUUUAUAGGCUAUGAUUUCAAAGACGACAAAAUCUGUAACUUCAGAAAAUUUAAAUGGAGAUAUCUUGUGUGUGCUAGACUGUAUUGUAGAAUUGUACCCUGAUUCAGCUUUCUUUAUUUUUUUUUCUUAACUCCCUUGAAAGUGUGCUGUACCAGUCGAUAGUGUUGAAGAUAGAAAGCAGGUUUUGGGUUUUCCAGUAACUGACUCAAGAAAAGAACAGGAAGAAAAUCUGCUAAAGUUGUCGUCCUAAAACCUUCUUUAGUGCUUCAUUCCAUUCUACCUGGCUUUGGAGGGGAAGAUCAAUACAAUCAUGGACUCCGAAUAGUACAACAUAGGUGGACUCUAAAAGAUCUUUUCCUCCUUUCAAAAAGUACAAAUUUAAACUGAAAUGGCAAUGAUACAACUUUCUUUUUUUUGGAGGGGUGAAAUUUAGUUUUUUGCUUGUUUUGCAGUAGUUGAGUAUAUUUACUGACCUGCAAGUCUUUAAUGCAUCGUCAGGAUUUAUUCAUAGUCGACAGCUUUAAGAGUGACUUGAGUGAGGUAAAUGGCUUAAGGUUUUUUUUUUUUUUCUUAUUUCUCUUGUUUGGAUAAAAUGAUUCUACCAAAACUUACCAUAAAAUAUAAUUAAAGGAAUAGGACUUUAUUAUUAUAAAUUGGCUAAAUUAAUUUAUGAUAAUUUAAAUAAUUCUUCUAUAUGCAAGUCAACCCCAACGUCAGAAAAGCUGAUUACACAUCUUAAAACUAAAAUUCCUUUAGCUCAGGAGAAUCUCCUCCCAGUAAUGUACAGGAACGCUCACCACAGCUGUGUGAAGGGAGAGUGUGCGGUCUUUUAGCCCUUAAAUCGGGUUGAAAUGACCUCAGAGGGAUGGCAACGCACUGCUAUUUACCUGCUUAGAAAAGGGGCAGAGGCAGUUUGUGCAAAAAGCUGUGUACAUGCCAUUUUGAAAUAGUGCAUAGAAAUACCUUUAGCCCAAAGUUGUGUGUGUUCAUCUGAAGUACACAUGUGGUCAUAAAAAAAGAUAGAAGUAGUUUACUUUUCACAGGGCUGCAUGGCGUAAAUAAGAAAAAGGAGCUGUAUUCCAGUCUUAUUUGUUUGUUUCUGAGUGGAACUGCGGCCUACACCUCUUCCAGACAGUGAACCCCCUUUCCCGUCGCCUUUGACCACUGACCUCUGUUACUGCUCUUUAAGGCUCACAGUGUUUUCCUGGACUUCCUGGGGAAAAAUUCACAAAUGGCUUUUUAUAUGACGAAUCCCUUGUAAAAUAUCUCUUAAAUUAAGGUACAGGUUUGAUUUCAACAAGAAAAGUUUUUAUAUGUAUAUUAUACUCCAUUAAGGAAUGUCUAGAAUUAUCUUCCUCCAAUGUGGAUGUAGCCAUUAUAAUGCCAUUUUAUGACUUUGUAAGAGAAUUCACUGUGUGAAAAUUGGUUUGCAUUUUUGUAUAAUACAAUCUGCUUUUUUGUUUUGUUUGAUAUGAGGGGGAGGUCAAACUGGAUGUUUUAUUAGAGGAAAAAAAAGAUCCUGUUAAAUUGAACACAAUGUAAAGUAUGUGCAACAGUGAUUCUAAGCUGAGGGAAAAGAAUAAAAGAUAUUGCUAACUCUUGA